AUGCAAUAUUGUGCAGGUUAGUGACACUGGGGUUGAGGGGUUUGUACCAGAAAAUAGAAGAAAAGUCAAUGUUACUGAGAAUUUGUAAUUACAUAUAACAACAAGUGCUCAAAAGAAAAAUAGAAUACCUUAUUAUUUAUUUGAUAAAGUGCUCAACCUCAAGUAACUGCCCACCUCCAAUAACCCUCCACCUUAUAGGCAGAAAAAAAGUGAAUUAUCUCCUAACCUCAAAUAAGUGCCUACCCCAUACCAGCUAGAUUGAAAAAGAGUAAGUUCUGCGAAAUUAAGAGACCAAGUUUUCUUAGUACAGUAUUUUAAAGAAAUUUUCAAUGAACAGUUAAAAAUCUGCUUUGGAACUCAAACAAAAUUACUCUAUCUCCAACAAAAUUACUUUUGGUGAAAACUUUGCAAAUCAUUAAACACCCAGCCCAAAUACACAUAUUAACCCAUUCGCCCCUGAACCGCCCGUAACCGCCCGUGCGGAUCCAGGUCCUUUCUACCCUUUGUGACGUCAUCAGUUUUAACGGUCAAGGACAACUUUCUUCGCACACGUGUGCAGAGUGAAGAGAUCUUUCAAACUGAUCCAGAUGCAAAAUCCAAAACGCGUUUUUCGGCAAAAUCUCCAGGAGCGAAUGGGUUAAAGUGAUCAAUGUGAAUAAUAACCCACUCUCAAGGUGCAAAACUUUAGUGAGCACCCAGGCAAGGCACUUAAUCAAAUAAAUAUGGUAUUUUGUUUUGGGACCUCUUUAUUGGAGUGGUACAUGCAGUCGCGUUUUCCAGUAGGUGUAGUGCUUGAUUUAUAAACACACAAGCUGUUUUAUGAAAACUGCAUUGACAAAAUAGAUUUGCAGUUAUUGAGAAUCUAUUUUAUACCAAUACAGCAUUACAUUUCAUUUCACCCUUCAUUAAUUCGGCUUUGAAUUUUCAAAAACACUGUAUCGCAGCUCCAGGUUUUGUCCAAAUUACCUUUAGUCAAAAUUUUUUGUGCAUUUAAGAUAGACAAUAUUAUUUUGAACUACUGUGCAAAUUAACCUUUUAAAAAAAUAAUGUAUGAAAUAGCUGUACGUAUGAUCUGAAGAUAGUUUAUCUACAGUGUAUAUGUAAACUGCUUUUAAUAGAGCUUUUUACCAAUACAGCAGCCAUAUUGAAUUAAUUCGAUUUAAGGAGUAUUAUAGGAUGCCCUGGGGGCAUGAGCACAUUUAGUUUGUAUUUUGGAGUGCUUUUCAGGACAUUUUUUCGUAAAGUUUUCUUAGAAUAAGAUUGUAAUGGGAAAAAAGAUUCUUGUGCCCUGUUUGGAUGUAAUAAUGAUCGCCUUUUUCUAGUUUAGCAUUAGAAAUAUGGUCUUUCACCGUAUAUUUCUCGGGAAAAAGGUGAUCAUGAUUACAUCCAAACACGGCACAAGGAUCUUUUUUCCCAUAAGAAUCUUAUUCUAAGAAAACUUUAAGAAAAAAAUGUCCCGAAAAGCGCUCCAAAAUACAAGCGAAAUGUGCUCAUGCCCCCUGGGAAUCCUAUAAUACUCUUUAAAUUGAAUUAAUUCAAUAUGGCCACCGUAUUGGUAAAAAGGUCUAUUAGUACCCUUAUUUUAUUCGGCUGUUGAUAAUAAUAAUGUUAUUGAGGACAAUCACCUGUCUUUUCCCUUCAAUUCCCAAUUUAUUUUUGUGCAUGCUUCACAGCAGGUAUGUCAAUGCCAGAAAUUUCAAACCCAUUGAAUUUAUUGGGUGGCAACAAGCUACCUUAAACUUCAAGGACACUUUAGAGGAUUCUUGCUGAUCUCAGCAAGACUGUUCUUUGAAGUGCAGUGCCAACUCAAUCCCAGAAUUAUUUAUGUUUUUUCAGUUAAACCUCCAGGUCUUCAGAAUAGCACCCAGUGCUCCAAAACAAAAGGGGCAACUUUUACACCUUCAUCUUCCACAAGUAGUAUCUUCAUGCCAGAUGAGGAUACUAAGUCUUGUUGACCAUACUUGUUCGAUGUCCACCCUUUUGUCACAAGGACAUGCAAUAUCAGUGAUGAGGCAAUUUUUGUUCUGUUGGUCCACACACACGAUUUCAAGGCGAUUGUGAUCUAGUUUCAUUUCUGUUUAUGUACAGAAAUCCGAAAGAAAUUUGAAAGUCUUAUUUUCCUUAACAUCACAUUAUUAUUAUCAUUAUUAUUGUUGUGGUUGAUGAUCUUAUUAUAAGCAUGGGUAUUAAAGAGGUUCAUACACAUGUACAAAAAUAAACUACCUUAACCACUAUUUUGGGCACUAAAUUGUGGUUAUUGCUCACUUUUUUCAAUGACUGUGCUUUGCAGAUUUUAGUAAAACAGAUGAAGGUGCGAACAGAUGGUUAAGGAGACCCUGCAGCAGCUAGAUGCCAGCUCCUUGAUUAAUUCUUCCAAACCCCAGAGUUUAAGGAGAUUUACCUACAAGCCAACCACCCUUUAGUUCAUAUGCAUGGCCAUUGUCGUUGAUUAGCAGUGGAGCUAGUUGUCACACCAGUACAUCCUCCUCCACUGCAGCCUCCCUCCCCACAUUCUCCUUUACUGUAAGGAGUGGCAGUGAUGAUGGACAUAGGAUGGAGAAUGGAUGGAUUACUCUCUAG